AUGGCUAUCGGAAUCGGAAUCGGUGAUUGUGCCCUAAUCCUGGAGAGUCUCGUGAGGUGUGCCAGCCUCCUCCGGGGCGAGGCCGUGGACGGCUUUGCGGGGCACGCAGAGGCCUACAGGUCCUUUGCCAACGCAACCGCCUACUUGCGCAGGUAUCUGAAAGCCGAAGGGCACACAAUCAAACCGGUUCUUCGCUUCGAAUUGAAGUCACUCAAGAAGCUUUUGAAACUGUUCAUCUCACGGAUCCAAAAACUCGAGCCCUCCUUAGGCAGCAAUCGCCAACGGAGAGGGUUUCGGAGAAUCUGGCAGAAGAUACGGUGGCCUUUUCACGAUGCGAUUCUCAACGGAAUUUGUCAUAAGCUCAACUCCAAGUUCAGCAUGAUUAAAUUCAUCAUAGACUUGGAAACUGCACAAACGAUUCGCAUUGUAAAUCCCUGCCCCCCGGCUGGACUGUCAAGUGCCCCAGCUGUUGGGCCCAAAUUCGUUCUCAUGGAUGCUCGAUCCAAGCUUCACGGAGUUUCAAUGGCAGGCGUCAAAAGCUGGACUGACUUGGCAACUUUCAUUCGGAAUGUAUUCUGUGCCGGCAACCAAUCAUGCCUGGCUGUAGAACGCAGAAGUUACCUCUUGCGGAACAAAACCACCGAGAUGACAUUCUUUCCCAACAGUCCCAGUGUACCUCCCUGGGAAGACGCGAUAAAAGAAGGGGAUGAAAUUGAAAUGAGCAUGCUUUUCCCGAACCGUACUGUGUACAACGAUCUCUGUCCUAAGUGCAAAAAUCCUUGGUCAAGUCCAAUCAGCGUGGAAAUGUUCUGUUUAAUGUGUGGGCUGUCCGCACGUUUUCUGGACUCCUUCGACGACGAACCAGAUCCAGUCACUUCAAUAGCCCUGAAGGAUGUUCGGGGAACAAACGUUCGAAUGUUCUUCGAAAAGGCUAUGUCUGGUCUGGGUGCAAAUAAACCUAAUAAGAUGAAGAAUCAGGAGGCGCUCUUUGAACAAAAAAUGAAAGCGUUGAUUCGGCAAAAUAGAAGAGAGGUUGGUCCUCACCCACAAAUGGCUGGUCAUCAUGAUAGAUCAGAAAUCCAGGAUUUUCGACGGAUUACUCUUUGCAACGAGCAGUGGCCAGAUUUUGCCAAACGGGGUGGCCUCGCCGAUUCAAGCACCAAGAGACUUCGCACCAUCGUCCAGGGUCUAAAGCGCCGUGCUGAAAUAUUGAAGGGCGAAGACUUCUUACCGGCAGUUUUGGCAUCCAUAAUUAAAUCCAGGUUUGCGAAUGGUCGGAGAAACUCCGGAAUGACAACAUUCUUGCAGUCAAUUAUAGAUGCACAUACUGAUCGUCAAACUUUGUGGACGAUCUCAGGAUCAUCACUUCCGUCCCUGCAAGAGUAUAUUUGGCAUGUGCGGGACGCCGGAGCGCAAUUCCAUGUGUCUGUCAUACGAUUCCGAUGCCUGUUGUGGAUUUACUCAGAAGCUCUGGAACUGAAUACCGACCUGGUGCGCGGCUGUUGUGACCUCUUCGAUUACUGGGCCGUACCUGAGGGAACCGCGCCGCGAGAGCCAAUGCCUCUUCUUUUCAGACUAGCGGGCCCGAUGUGGCUCCCUCACGUCAUCAUAUGGAGGCUCACAUUCGACAUGGUUGAGGAUUUUGCCAGUUUCUUCACCGAAGGAGAUCCGAUGCAGAUUCUUGCAUGCCUGUUCCUCUUGGUCAGGGACACGUCAAAACUGGCAAUUGGGCACUGCUUUGAUGGAAAUCUCACUGUCUACUUACGAGAGGCCCUCGCCUCUCGAGACAACGCUGUCUGCCAUUUGAACCAGGCCAGUCGAAAGUGGAUGGAGUCUGCCCUGCAAUUUCGAGGACAAGCUUUGGUGGACAAGUCGACGUUCAUGAUGAUAAACACCACCAUGAGUUAA